UUCGUGAUCCUCAGGUUGUCUCGCAGUCACCGGAUAGUCUGAUUAUAACGUUCGAAACAGACUGAUGUCAAAGGUUAAAUUCGAAUAGUGAAGCUUAGAUAAAUCUUAAUUGUCCAAUGAUGCAUGUAAGACGUUCAGUUCCAGUGUAUCGCUAAGUAGACCGGCUGUCAUGACUCCAAUUCGUACAAAAUUGAAAUUUUGAGUGAAUGAUGUAUCGCUUCUUGACAAAAAUCCAUCAAAGAUUGUGCGAAAAAAUGUACACUUUUGACGAUGUAGUUGCUUUUAUGUAUUCGCCAAAACAUCCUUCUAGCUUAGGUGUGAUUCGAAUUUUGUUUGGGUUACUCAUGAUGCUGGAUUUACCGGAAGAGAGAGGAGGUGCUGAUUUAUUUAUUAGAUAUGGACAUCCUAAAAAUUGUCAUUUUCCUCUAUUUGAUAGCAUAAAACCUCUCAGUUACGAAUUAAUGUCCGUAUUAUAUGGCAUAAUGUGGCUUGGAACUCUUGGUAUUAUGUUAGGACUGCAAUUCCGUCUGUCUGUACUUAUGUUCGCCGUGCCCUAUUGGUACAUAUUCCUCCUGGACAAAUCUUUCUGGAACAACCACACUUAUCUCUAUGGACUGGUUACUAUAUUACUACUUGGAUCAUCUGCCAAUCAUUACUGGUCUUUGGAUGGUUUAUUGAAUAAAAAAAUUCGAAAUAAGUUCGUACCCAACUGGAACUAUUUUAUAUUGAAAUUCCAAUUUUUCAUGCUGUACUUCUUAGCUGGUAUAAAAAAAAGCAACUGGGAAUGGCUGGAAGGCUAUGCUAUGAACAACAUGGGACAUCAUUGGGUUUUUAUACCCUUCAGAAUUUUUCUUACUCCCGAACAAGUUGAUUUCCUCGUUAUUCAUUGGAUUGGAUGCAUCUUCGAUUUGGUAAUUGGUUUCUUAAUCUGGUUGGAAUUCACAAGACCUGUUGCUAUGGUGUUAUGUACAUUCUUUCAUCUAAUGAACUCCAGAAUGUUCAGUAUAGGGUUGUUUCCUUAUGUCUGUUUGGCUACACUUCCGCUGUUCUGUGAAGAAGAUUGGCCAGAGAGAUUUCGGAAAGCAUUAAUUGAGAGAAAACCUUCUUCUGGAAAAUCAGAAAAUAAUGUUUGUUCGAAAGAAACUCCUGACGUAAAACCAAAUAUAACUUGGAAAAAGAGAUUAGUGGUUUGUCUGUUACUCACACAUUGUACUAUACAAACUUUUUUGCCAUUCUCCCAUUCAAUAACAAAGGGGUAUAAUAAUUGGACAAAUGGAUUAUAUGGAUAUUCCUGGGAUAUGAUGGUCCAUGGUUGGGAAACUAACCUUGUGGUAGUCAAAGUCGUAGAUAAUAAUUCAGGAGAAGAAUAUUUUUUGGAUUCAACAGCAUGGACCUUAAAUGAAAGAUGGAACAAACAUGCUGAUAUGUGUGUCCAGUAUGCUCAGUGUGUUAAGGAAAAUUUAGCAGAUCACAGUCCAGAAAUAUCCAAGAAUAUUUCCAUAUACAUCGAUGUUUGGUGUUCAAUGAAUGGAAGAAUCCAACAGCGAAUGUUCAAUCCAAACUACGAUUUAUUGAAAGCAAAUUGGUCAGUUUUUGAAGAUGUAGAAUGGUUGUUGCCACUACUUUCAGAAUAUAGUGGCUUUAGGAAAAAGAUAUCGAAAAUUUCAGAAGAUGUCUAUUCUUGGUCGAAUUCUUCGGAAGUUAUAUUCAUCAGUGAUUUUCCUGGUAUGAAUUUCGAAAAUUUCGUCAACCCGGAAUUGAAAAAUGUGUCCCUUGAAGUUGUGGAAGGUAGUGUUAGAUAUGAAAUCGAAGAUAAUAAAGAUGUGAAAAUUUUGAAUAAGGGCGAAAGAGAACAAAUUGAGGUUGGAAAAUUCCACAAGAUAUUCACCAUUAGCGAAAAACCAUCAUUCUUCAUGUAUACCUACAUGAAUUCUACUAAGGAUAUAACAGAUCAAAUAGAAACUGAGAAGCCUAAACUGCGUUAUACUAUGUAUUCUCCAUUUCCACUGCUUGAAGAUGUAAAUCAUAGGGUUGAGUCUUUUAAAAAAAUGUUUAGUCAUAUUUAUAAUGGUUACCAAUAUGUAAUAAAGAAUGCUUACUAAAAAAAAUUUUUCUUCAAAAUUCAUGACACAUUAUCUUUUAUCAUUAAAUA